UAGCCGUUAAGGGCCUUGUAGACUUGGCGCUUGAAUUUGCACCGAGACUUGAAACGUAGUCUCCCCAGUGCGAGAGAAUCUCCAUUUGCUGCUAGUGGCAUUGCAAGUCAUGGACAUGGACAUGGACAUGGACGUGGAUGGUGCAAGCUCACACGAGGUGCUGCUGCAAAGCUCCACCAUCCCUCGGGAUCCGCUCCGGGAAAUGCAGCAGCAGCAGCAGCAGAGGGCGAACCGGUACCCGGCUGCUGCAUAUUCUUCUCCAUCGGCGGCGUCCUCCUCCUCCUCCUCCUCGUCAUCUUGCGCCUCUUCAUCUUUGCGUCUGCAGCCUCGGAGUAUACAACAGAGCCUUGGAUACAUGGCAGUGGGAUACUUGGGCCAGGCAGGGCCCUCCGCACCUUGGCAAUCCUCCUCCGGAAGUUCCUCCUCCUCCUCCUCUCCCUCCUCCUCAUCUUCUUGGUCUACCCAGUUCAUGCGGCGGACCUCCUCCUCCUCUACUUUGCAUCACAGCGACGCUCUAUCGCCUCCAAUCACAAGAGGGAACCCCUUCCCACCACAGUCCCAGCUUAGCGAGGGCACGCUCCCAGCCUAUAGCUCAGCGCGAUACCCCAUCCUAGCGGUAUGCGAGACGGACGAUGUAACGAAUGCCUCGGGGCCUCAUCCCCACAGGACUACUCGGUCAGCAUCGCUCAGUCUGAGAUCAGAUCCGCAAGCUCUUGCUGAUGGUGGGCAAAGGGGGGCGGCAGACGAUGAGGGGCGGAGAGAAAGGUCUGGUGACCAGAGACCGAGGAGAGAUAAGCAGACGAUGGACUAUGUGAUACGUAGCGGCAUCGCAGGAGGGGUGGCUGGUUGUGUGGCCAAGACGGCCAUUGCUCCCCUCGACCGUGUCAAGAUCCUCUUCCAAGCUCAAAACCCCGAAUUUCAAAAGUACUCCGGUCACUGGCUAGGCGUCUUUCGCGCUGGACGAGAAAUUGCCUCUGAAUCUGGUGUAGGUGGUCUAUUCAGAGGUCACUCGGCAACUCUAAUGCGAAUCUUCCCUUAUGCGGCCAUCAAGUACAUGGCCUACGAUAAGCUUCACUUUCUCCUCAUGCCCACAAGAGAAUCAGAGACGUCUGCUCGUCUCUUUCUAGCUGGAGCCACUUCGGGAGUUCUUUCCGUCUUUCUUACUUAUCCACUCGAAUUGAUUCGAGUGAGAUUGGCAUUUGAGACGAAGAGGAGGAAAGUGGAGAGGGGGUCGUUGCGUAGGAUCGUGAGGCAGAUUUAUACAGAGGGGACAACCGAGGCGCCUUUUUCUGGCGAUGCAAGGAGGAGAGCAGCAGCAGCAGCAGGUGCUACCAAGACGGUCGAAGGCGGGGCGGCUAGCGCUACUGGUAGCGCUACUGGCGCAGCGACCAUGUCCAUCGAAGCCGCCCAAAACCGGGCUCUAGCACAAGGCGCUACGGCUUCUACUCCCGUCCCGCCUUCUGCACCUACAGCGAGCGUUCAGACGGCCAAUAGUCUCCUAAAGCGCUUCCCGAUGAUGAAAUUCUACAGGGGCUUCUCGGUAACGGUGCUAGGUAUGGUUCCCUAUGCAGGUACUUCCUUUCUAGUCUUUGGCCGGUGCAAAUCCCUCUUGCAGAACUUCUUCGGCGUGGCUACACCUACCUCUCCUUCCACGCCCACGCCAAGAGGGGACUCCCCUUCCUCACCUUCAAACGAGUACACCACCUGGCGUCCCUCCAAGACAAGCAUCGACCUAACCUCUGGCGCCUUGGCAGGAGCCAUUUCCCAAACUGCCGCCUAUCCAUUUGAGGUGGUUCGUCGUAGACAACAGGUAGCUGCAGUGGUACGACCGGGUACAAUGGUUGGGUUUAAAGAGACGGUUGCUUGGAUUUGGAAGACGGGGGGUUGGAGGGGCUUCUAUACUGGAUUGAGUAUCGGGUUUCUGAAAGUGGUACCGAUGACUAGUAUUAGCUUCGCCGUCUGGCUCGGUAUGAAACGGCAGAUGGACAUCUGAAGUCCCCCUCCUCCUCCCGGACCUUUCUCAAUGGCGAAGGCACUAGAUGGGGGAGAGAAGGGGUCAUAGCCCUCGGCGAUUCCCUGCUCCUCUUGGUCUAUCAAGCAUGACAUGACAUGACAGGAUACAGCCUAUUCUGGCUGCUACCCCCCUUCUGUCCUCAUACAGGCUCUGUUGCUCCUCCUCCGCAAUGCGUCACCGUACCCCUCUUUAAUUCGAAUUUCAUCGUAGACUAGACUAGACUGGAUGAAGUCUCCACUUCAUCGUCUUCUUCUUCUUCCUUCUUUCUCAUCUUGCCUUUUCCUUUUCUUGUGCAAUACUCCAAAUAUGUCCUCUGAGGAAUGCAAUACAUUACAACAUGAGACGC